GCAUCUUCUGGUAACAUUAAAGAUUCUAAUCAAAAUGAAUUACAACAAAACCAUUUAUAUUCAAAUGACAGUGAAGAUGAACUUGAAGAAAAUAUAUCUAAUUUUUCUCUAGAAAAUCUUGAGUUAGACUUGCAACAAAAGAAGAUAAAUGAUAUUAGAUUGCAAUAUGUUGCACAAUAUCUUCGUCUUACAAAAAAUGGACAUUCAAAGCUUUCUGCAAGUCUGCUUAUUUCUGAAUCAAUAAAUCAUGGCCCUUGGAUGGCCAGAUUAAUCAGAUCUUGGGCAAACCAGUAUUUAUCAGAUGGGGCUCUUUUGGUUUCUAGGCAUGGAAAACAUCAGAAAGUAGUUAGUAUUUUAAAUGAUGAAGACAUAAUUAUAAAGAUUAAUCAAUACCUUCAUGUUCAAAAAUUCAACCUUAAGAUUCCAGACUUUAUUAAUUAUAUUUCUGAUGAAAUUUUUCCUUUUGUUGGAUAUGAAAAAAAUAAGAAAAUCAGUAGGUUGAAAUUAGAUCAACAACAAAGAGAAAUUAAUAAUAAUCUACCUGAGUCAGAAAGAAUCCCUGAAGAGGCAU